ACAAUUUUGCUGUUGUGAAACCAUCGAAGUGUACGCGCAGAUUGAAAGUGUAAUACGAAGACAUUGGUGUGAUUUUACUAAUCCUUUGGAGAUGGGCUUGGACAUUGUAACCAUGAAAUUAUACAUAUCUAUAACUCUGAAUGUACUAAGUGUAUCUUCAACUUUCAAGAAAUAUGUUCUUGGGCACUUUUAACACAAAAUGGGAAGCCAGCAGUUUUGCUUGAAGUGGAAUGACCACCAUUCCCAUGUAUUCUCAUUCUUUGAAAGUCUUCUUUUCCGUGGAUUAUUUGUUGAUGUGACUUUAGUAUGUGAAGGGAUGAAGAUGAAAGCACACAAGAUGGUAUUGUCUGCAUGUAGUCCAUUGUUUCAAAGUAUUUUUGAAGAAAAUCCUUGUAAGCAUCCAGUUAUCAUAAUGAAAGAUAUUAAGUAUGUUGAGUUAAAAGCUGUUCUUGACUUCAUAUAUCAUGGUGAAGUGAAUGUAUCACAAGAUCAGUUGUCAACCUUGUUGAAAACUGCAAGAACACUUAAAGUAAGAGGAUUAGCAGUUGAUGGACAGGAUGGUGCAGUUGUUGAAGAAGUGAUUACUCAGUAUCAAUCUCAGAAACAACAACUGGCACACACCCCUAAACGAAAACGAGUCAAACCAUGUCGAAGACCUGGAUCUGAUAUUGGAAGUGAUGAAGAUCCAGUUCCUGUUAAAAUACAAGAGACAAGUUCACCAGAAGUGUCAUGUUUAAGUGAUCACAGUAUAGACUUAUCAGGAGGGUCAGCAAAGAAAGUUUUUGAAUCAUCCAAGACAUCAGCAACUCAGGAUACUUCAGGACUUUGUUCAACAGUAAACACAGAAACAAGUAGCAAAUCAUCUCAUGAGGAAAAUAUGGCUCCAGAGCGAAAGGUGGAGCAUAAUAAUGUGUUAAGAAGUGAUAUUUCCUCGACAGAGCCAUCAGUUGCAGGUGGAUCCACUUUGCCACUAAGUAUGAUGUCUCGAGUUUGGGAACCAGAAGCGACACAGUUGGCUUUACCCAGUAGUCAUCCAAUACAUACAUACAGUUCACGUUCACUGGAAACACAUGCUGAACUCGCAACAGGUAAGUAUCAGUUACAAUCAGCCAUUAAGGCACCCAAACAGAAUCAAAAUUCAUAAUUAUGGCUGGGCAUGAAGAGAACUAAAAAGUUUCUUCUUGAUUAUCAUUUAUAGAAAUUAUAGAUUUGAAUCCUUCUAAUAAAGAAUAUGCACAACUUUCAACCAUUAUGAUGAAUACAAAA